GAGGGGGAGAAGGAGAAGAAGAAUUCUGCUUUCCUUAUUAGAAGCAGAUCACUUACAACAAUGGCAAGAUUCCUAUAUCUGUCCUUUCAUUCAAAGAACUUAUGUUGGAUAAAGGCAAACACCUUUUUUCUUGUAUAGUUGACCUUUAUGUUUUAAGCAUAAAGUUUCAUCAUGAGGUGAAGGGUCGUUGACAAGAGCUAACAAUUGUUGAGGAAUGAAAAUAGUAUAGUCUUUCCAGAAUUAAUGUAAUUAGCAAAAAUUUUACUUCUGUGUCCAAACAUAAACCAAAUUCUGUUUAGCCUCAAUAUUACUUUAUCAGUUGUUUCUUGAAAUUUAGAAAAUGCUGCUUAUUUGAGAGUCAGUGAAGAUUUUGGAAUUGGCUACUAGCAAAACACGAAAGUCAGAUGGACGGGCUCUUGGGUAUUAUCUGAAAUGCUAGGGGUGUUGGAAUUUGAGAAAUAUGCCCCUCACAUGUAAAAACUGCUGAGCAAAGUGGAAACAGUGACACCUCCAUCUCCUCCCUACCUCCAUUAAAGAUUGCAGAGAGCAAGGCCUUAUCUUUUGAUCUUUGUAACUUUAGUGCCUCUGGGGCUAUGACAUUCAAUAGAAUUCGGCAUUCAUCAAGCACUUAAUAAAUGUCAAAUUUAAGUUCUUUUGAAAUCGGGAUUUGUCAGUCUUAGCCCCUUUGACAUUUGGGACCCAAUAAUUCUUUGUCGAGGGAGGAAAAUGCCCUGUAUGUUGUAGGAGGUUUGGUACCGUCUCUGGCCUCUACACACUAGAUAUCAGUAGCAGCAGUGAGUACUCGUGACAAUCAAAAAACUCCCCCAGGCAUCCCCACAUAUCUCCUAUGGGCGGGGCUCAUAUUGCCCCCUAAAGGGUGUGAGGUUGCAGGGGUUUUUUAGGCUAAAACAUAUAUACCUGAUCAAAAUUUUUAUCCCCAACAUCUAUAUCUUUAAAUACACACACACACACAGACACACACACACACACACACACACAGACACACACACACACACAUUCUUACAGAAGAGGCAUUUAGUUGAGAGCGCUCAUUGUAGUCUUUUUUUUCAUGGAAAUCAUUAUGACUCCAGUAAAUUGCUCACUAAAUUUCAUCUGUCGCCUGUGUUCCUGCUCAGAUACAACUAAAGCCUAUUGAAAUUGAUUUUUGUGUCAGCAACAGAGCAGGGAUUCAGUAAGAACAUGAAAGCUUCCCUUUCAUUACUAGUCUUUUUUUCCCCAUAUUACUUAGAUUUGGUGGGCCCUAAUUAUAUUCCAGUGCUUCUCCUGCUGACAUUUCUUUUGUUUUAAUUAAAACUUCUGGAGAUUUGAGGACACUGUGGGAGAGGGUUUAUUCAUCAACAGCCCUGGUAAAGAGUCAAACGGGUUCCUAUUUGUGUUCCUGCCGCCCCAAGAAUGAUAGCUGGGAACACUGUGGUCCUUUGCCUUUGUUUUGCUCUCCACACUGGUGGGAUCCUCUCCCUUCCUGCACAGCUCCGAGCUUCCAGACCCAUUCUUGCUGCUGGUGUUAAAUGAUGUCCUGGUGUUAAAUGACCCAGACGGCACUGUGGGUGGACUGGAUUCCUAUUAAAGCCAUAAAUUAGGUGAAAUGAAAUGCAGCACUGCCUUUUUAUUAUUAUUAUUUAUCUCUGCCCCUGUGCCUUUGGUAUCUCCUAGGGCAAAGCCAACCCCGCCCACUCCUGACCACGUGGUUAUAAAUCUGACCACAGGGACCGGUGUCAGGCUGUAACUGACCAACCUAUGCAAGGCCUGAAAGGAUGACAUAAUAUAUCUCCUUAAUCUGCAGCUGGGAGGUGUGAUGGAGCGAGCACGGGGGUCUGCAGAGGUUCUCUGGGGAAGACAGAGUUGCCUUGUAAAAUAGUCCAUAGAGAGGGAGCUAUUGAUUCAAAAUCUAAAAAAUGUGCUGCUCUUCCCCAGGAGUGGUUGGAUCUGUCCUGCCUGAGGUUCGUAUUCUCUCUAGAAGAGGGGAGGCAGAGAUAGAGGAAUUGUAGCUGGGCAGCAUCAGGGCCUUGCUUUUCCCUUGUCGUAGAUUUCUCUCCCUGACCUUUUCCUCCCUGCAAGAUUCUGAAAUGCAGAAUUCAAAUGUCUGCUCAGGCCUCCAGGGUCACUCUGCAGCCCCGUGUGUGUGUUCACGCUUGGGAAGGAGAGCACAAACCAAACCUUCUUGAGCAAAACACUCACAGUGGACCAAGUGGCUUCUUCCUCUGGUUCCCGUACCAUGAGCCAUCCGUACAGUCUCCUUUUUCUCAAGAGAAAAGCUUUCUGCCCCUCUUCAGCAGGCAUUUCCUCCAAUUUUACCAAGCUUCUCCCAGGUUACUCCAUGAUGGGUCACUUGAGUCUCUCUGUUCACUGUGAUUGGAGGCCUCUUAGAAGGUCCACCAGGACUGGAAAUGUCACAUUUCCCAGCAUGAUUUAGCACCUGCUCUUUGCAAGAUGCUGUCCUUGGCAAUGUCAGAGGAUUAAACAGAUGUAAGGCAAUGCCUCUGAGAAGCUUUCUGUGUAGAAGCCAUGUGCCUUAUAUACUGAAAGUCCAAAGGUGUUAGGGACUAAGGAUGAAAGAGAAGUUGGUUCUGAUACAAUGCACAUGGGUAAGCCAUUAAGAGCUAUACACUUUGUUACAUUUAACUUUCUGCAGACUGCAUUGAGAACAGCCCAUCUUUGUAUCUUCAGGGUAUUCCUGACCUCUCUGCCCAAGUGGUCUAAAACACCUGUGCCUGGCUCUCAGAUUGCAUCCAGCAUGAAAAUCUCACCCAGCCACCCCUAUAAAACCAAAAAUAACCAUUGGGAACCAACAUAGAGUUGUUUAUUUUGACUUCUUAAAAAGUGAGAACAUUUAAUGAACGGACCUUCUCAAGAAGUUUGCUUAAGUUGAGUGGUUUUAUGUUUCUGGAAAAUUUUGUAACAAGCUUUUUAUUCCUCUCCUUUUACUGAAGUUGGGUGGCAUAAAUUAGAUGAGAGCCAGUAAGGUCUUUUACUUUGUGCUCAUUUUUUGGGUUGAGAGAGGAGGUUAUUGGGAAAUGUGUUCUUGGCUCAAGGCCAUGGCCAAGAGACUGGUUCUGCUACUUUUUUGAGCUCUCAUCACCCCACAGCCUGUCUGCUCGUCACUGCUGUCACUUCAGCUGUGCAUGCCUUUCGUGGGUACAGGCAUCAGGCUUCCUGCCAUGGAAUCUGCAUACGUUAAUGAUUGUCUGCUCAAAAUUGUGACUAUUUGAUUUUUUUCCUUUAAUCAUCCAUUUUGAUUUUUAUAAACUGAGCCAAACUGGCAGCCGUGAAGACAGAAGAAUACUAGUUUCUAACAAAGAAAAAUGAGAUGAGAUCUUUUCUUCCCCGCCCUGUGUCUGUGAACAAGCCUCAAUUCUCAGUUGGCCCAGCCCCGAACAGUCUUGAAAACAAUCCAUUUUCUGCCUCUUGGAUGUGCCAAGCAGAGGAAUUCACAGGUCGUCAUGUCAAAACAGGCCAGCUUGCAGCCAUUAAGGUUAUGGAUGUCACAGGGGAUGAAGAGGAAGAAAUCAAACAGGAAAUUAACAUGUUGAAGAAAUAUUCUCAUCACCGGAAUAUUGCUACAUACUAUGGUGCUUUUAUCAAAAAGAACCCACCAGGCAUGGAUGACCAACUUUGGUUGGUGAUGGAGUUUUGUGGCGCUGGCUCUGUCACUGACCUGAUCAAGAACACGAAAGGUAACACAUUGAAGGAGGAGUGGAUCGCAUAUAUCUGCAGGGAGAUUUUACGAGGACUGAGUCACCUGCACCAGCACAAAGUGAUUCAUCGAGAUAUUAAAGGGCAGAAUGUCUUGCUGACUGAAAAUGCAGAAGUUAAACUAGUGGACUUUGGGGUCAGUGCCCAGCUUGAUCGAACAGUGGGCAGGAGGAAUACGUUCAUUGGGACUCCCUACUGGAUGGCACCGGAAGUCAUUGCCUGUGACGAAAACCCAGAUGCCACAUAUGAUUUCAAGAGUGAUUUGUGGUCUCUGGGAAUCACCGCUAUUGAGAUGGCAGAAGGUGCUCCCCCUCUGUGUGACAUGCACCCCAUGAGAGCCCUCUUCCUCAUCCCCCGGAACCCCGCGCCUCGGCUGAAGUCUAAGAAGUGGUCAAAAAAAUUCCAGUCCUUUAUUGAGAGCUGCUUGGUAAAGAAUCACAGCCAGAGACCCGCAACAGAACAACUGAUGAAGCAUCCGUUUAUCCGCGAUCAACCUAAUGAACGACAGGUCCGCAUCCAGCUCAAGGACCAUAUUGAUAGAACAAAGAAGAAGCGGGGAGAGAAAGAUGAGACGGAGUAUGAGUACAGCGGGAGCGAGGAGGAAGAGGAGGAGAAUGACUCUGGAGAGCCCAGCUCCAUCCUGAACCUGCCUGGGGAGUCGACGCUGCGCCGGGACUUCCUGAGGCUCCAGCUGGCCAACAAGGAGCGGUCCGAGGCACUGCGGCGACAGCAGCUGGAGCAGCAGCAGCGGGAGAACGAGGAGCACAAGCGGCAGCUGCUGGCCGAGCGCCAGAAGCGCAUUGAGGAGCAGAAGGAGCAGCGGCGGCGGUUGGAAGAGCAACAAAGGCGAGAGAAGGAGCUGCGGAAGCAGCAGGAGAGGGAGCAGCGGCGGCACUAUGAGGAGCAGAUGCGACGUGAGGAGGAGAGGAGACGCGCGGAGCAUGAGCAGGAAUACAUCAGGCGACAGUUAGAGGAGGAGCAGAGACAGUUAGAGAUCUUGCAGCAGCAGCUACUGCAUGAACAAGCUCUACUUCUGGAAUAUAAGCGCAAACAGUUGGAAGAACAGAGACAAGCAGAAAGACUACAGAGACAGUUAAAGCAAGAGAGAGAUUACUUGGUUUCCCUUCAGCAUCAGCGGCAGGAACAGAGACCUGUGGAGAAGAAGCCACUCUACCAUUACAAAGAAGGGAUGAGUCCUAGUGAGAAGCCAGCCUGGGCCAAGGAGGUAGAAGAACGGUCAAGGCUCAACAGACAGAGUUCACCUGCCAUGCCUCACAAGGUUGCCAACAGGAUAUCUGACCCCAACCUGCCCCCGAGGUCAGAGUCCUUCAGCAUCAGUGGGGUCCAGCCUGCUCGGACACCCCCCAUGCUCAGACCAGUCGAUCCCCAGAUUCCACAUCUGGUAGCUGUGAAAUCCCAGGGACCUGCCUUGACCGCCUCCCAGUCGGUGCAUGAGCAGCCCACGAAGGGCCUCUCUGGGUUUCAGGAGGCUCUGAACGUGACCUCUCACCGCGUUGAGAUGCCGCGCCAGAACUCAGACCCCACCUCUGAAAACCCUCCUCUCCCCACUCGGAUUGAAAAGUUUGACCGAAGUUCUUGGUUACGACAGGAAGAAGAUAUUCCACCAAAGGUGCCUCAAAGAACAACUUCUAUAUCCCCAGCAUUAGCGAGAAAGAAUUCUCCUGGAAAUGGCAGUGCUCUGGGACCCAGACUAGGAUCUCAACCCAUCAGAGCAAGCAACCCUGACCUCCGGAGAACCGAGCCUGUCUUGGAGAGCCCCUUGCAGAGGACCAGCAGUGGCAGUUCCUCCAGCUCCAGCACCCCUAGCUCCCAGCCCAGCUCCCAAGGAGGGUCUCAGCCUGGAUCGCAAGCAGGAUCCAGUGAACGGACCAGAGUUCGAGCCAACAGUAAGUCGGAAGGAUCACCUGUACUCCCCCAUGAACCUUCCAAGGUGAAACCAGAAGAAUCCAGGGACAUUACCCGACCUAGUCGACCAGCUAGCUAUAAGAAAGCUAUAGAUGAGGAUCUGACGGCAUUAGCCAAAGAAUUAAGAGAACUUCGGAUUGAAGAAACGAACCGCCCACUGAAGAAAGUGACAGAUUACUCCUCCUCGAGCGAGGAGUCAGAAAGCAGUGACGAAGAGGAGGAGGAUGGAGAGAGCGAGACCCAGGACGGGACAGUGGCGGUCAGCGACAUACCCAGACUGAUACCCACAGGAGCUCCCGGGAGCACUGAGCAGUACAACGUGGGGUUGGUGGGCUCACAUGGGCUGGAGACCACUCACGCAGACACGUUCAGCAGCAGUAUUUCACGAGAAGGAACCUUGAUGAUAAGAGAGACGUCUGGAGAGAAGAAGCGAUCUGGCCACAGUGACAGCAAUGGCUUCGCCGGCCAUAUUAACCUCCCAGACCUGGUGCAGCAGAGCCAUUCCCCUGCAGGGACCCCCACCGAGGGCCUGGGGCGCGUCUCCACCCACCCCCAGGAGAUGGACGCUGGGACUGAAUAUGGCAUGGGGAGCAGCACCAAAGCCUCUUUCACCCCCUUCGUGGACCCCAGAGUGUACCAGACGUCUCCCACUGAUGAAGAUGAAGAGGAUGAGGAAUCAUCAGCUGCAGGAACCCAGAGGUAUCCAGGGGCCCUAGGAAAAGCUGUUCCUCAGAGAUCUCCAAACUCACCACAUAUUUCUCAAAAGCAAUUUCUGGCUCUGUUUACUAGCGAACUUCUUAGGCAAGAACAGGCCAAACUAAAUGAAGCAAGAAAGAUUUCAGUGGUAAACGUAAACCCAACCAACAUUCGGCCUCAUAGCGACACGCCAGAAAUCAGAAAAUACAAGAAGCGAUUCAACUCAGAAAUACUUUGUGCAGCUCUGUGGGGUGUAAAUCUCCUGGUGGGAACCGAAAAUGGCCUGAUGCUUUUGGACCGAAGUGGGCAAGGCAAAGUUUAUAAUCUGAUCAACCGGAGGCGGUUUCAGCAGAUGGAUGUGCUAGAGGGACUGAAUGUCCUCGUGACAAUAUCAGGAAAGAAGAAUAAGCUACGUGUUUACUAUCUUUCAUGGUUAAGAAACAGAAUACUCCACAAUGACCCAGAAGUCGAAAAGAAACAAGGCUGGAUCACGGUUGGGGACUUGGAAGGCUGUAUACAUUACAAAGUUGUUAAAUAUGAAAGGAUCAAAUUCUUGGUGAUUGCCUUAAAGAAUGCUGUGGAGAUAUAUGCUUGGGCUCCUAAACCUUAUCAUAAGUUCAUGGCAUUUAAGUCUUUUGCAGAUCUCCAGCACAAGCCACUGCUUGUUGAUCUCACAGUAGAAGAAGGUCAAAGAUUAAAGGUUAUUUUUGGUUCGCAUACUGGUUUCCAUGUAAUUGAUGUUGAUUCAGGAAACUCUUAUGAUAUCUACAUACCAUCUCAUAUUCAGGGCAAUAUCACUCCUCAUGCCAUUGUCAUCUUGCCUAAAACAGAUGGAAUGGAAAUGCUUGUUUGCUAUGAGGAUGAGGGGGUGUAUGUAAACACCUACGGCCGGAUAACUAAGGAUGUGGUGCUCCAAUGGGGAGAAAUGCCCACGUCUGUGGCCUACAUUCAUUCCAAUCAGAUAAUGGGCUGGGGCGAGAAAGCUAUUGAGAUCCGGUCAGUGGAAACAGGACAUUUGGAUGGAGUAUUUAUGCAUAAGCGAGCUCAAAGGUUAAAGUUUCUAUGUGAAAGAAAUGAUAAGGUAUUUUUUGCAUCCGUGCGAUCUGGAGGAAGUAGCCAAGUGUUUUUCAUGACCCUCAACAGAAAUUCCAUGAUGAACUGGUAACAGAAGAGCACUUGGCACUUAUCUUCAUGGCGUUAUUUCUAAUUUAAAAGAACAUAACUCAUGUGGACUUAUGCCAGUCUAGAGGCAGAAUCAGAAGGCUUGGUUGAACAUACCGCUUUCCCCUUUUCCUCUCCCUCUACCCGUCCCAAUACAGUCCAUCUUUCAAUGUUGCAGCCUGGUUGAGAAGGAGAGAAAAGGGUGGCAGGAAUUUCCAGGAGAUCCCCAAGAAUGCUGCGUUGUCUGUGGACAAAGAUGGACCAUGUGCCCUUCGGAGUUAGGGAUAGAAACAAAUAUUGUGUGCUCUUAUGAUUAAGCUGUGUUACGGUGGAUUGUUUUGUUUUGUUACUUUUUUUCUUUACCCCCUUACUUUGUAAGAAUGGGGAGAGAAUGCAUACUGAGAAAAAAUGUCUGUUUUUAAUUCUGUCUGCCUGCUAGGUUUAAGUAUAUGAUAUGUUGUAAAAUUUCCAAUUUCAAGUGGUGAGAGACAGCACAAUAAAUGUACCUUAUCUCUUUACACUGAAGGCUAUAACUGCAUAGUGGGGUGAUUUCAGAACUUCCGCCUUCACCAACCCAAAAGGUUGCUUUUUGAUAGCAACUGCUAAUGAAUUUUUAAAAGAGAAGAAAAAUAGUAGUUUUCCCCUCUUUUGGGAAAUAGAUUUUAAAUGGCUAAACUACUAGCCUUAGACUAAUAAAAUCAGCUACCGUUUGUGGGGACAGGCCCUAUUUGAGAUGGCCCUGUACAAUGGGAUAGUAGUGCCAUUGAGUUGAGUUGGCUCCAGUGGAUGAGGGGCUCUCUAAUAAGAUAUUCCCUCAGUGAUUAUGCAACAGUUCAGGGCAAAAGGCGGGAUGACAGAUGGGGUCAGACAGAAAGAGCUUCUGGAAACAAGCUAAAAAUGUAUACACACACACACACACAUAUUUUUUUUUAAUGCACAAAGCUCCCCACCUAAGAAGUCACUCUGUUCAGGCUUUGUUGGGAGUUAAGCCUGUUGAGUUCUUUUCGGGAAUUGGGGAAUAAAUGACAACCAGGCUCUGGUCAUUCCCAGCUUUCUCCUGAAGGUGCCACUUUCUCCAGAUGAAAACUGUGACUGAAAAAAUAAUAAUAAUAAAUGUUUCUGAGCUGCCUGUGUUCUCUCUGGGUUGGUGAGAGAAGGGACUAGACUACUAAGCCUGCCUGAGACCCAGCAGGCAUCACUGGUUCAGAUUUUAUAGAAGUUGAAAGCAAGGCUUUGGCCAAAAUUCUGAGACCCUAAUCAUUUUACCUUCCUCCAAAUUACCCAACAUACGGUAAACAAUAUUUGUGCAGAGAUAUGUAUGUAUUUAGUUCAGGUUGACUCGUGUCCUUAUAAACUCUUAAACGGAUGAUUCGAACUUUUAUGUGACUGUCUGGGAUUUUUUUUUCCAAAGCUACAAGCAUGGCCGCCUGUGGUAUCAAGGUGUUGCAAAACAAUAUCUGUGUUGCGCUUCCUGUUUUAACCUACCUCGUUUUGUUUGUUUUGUUUUACUGUUCAUCACAGCAGUGUUAUCUCCAGGAGACAUAUAGAGAGCUCAACUGGCAAUCUCAGGUGAAUUCAAUAAUUUUAAAAUAAAACAGUAGUUGACCAAAUUAUCCUUCUUGAAAAAUUGGAGAAAAGUAAUCAAACAACAACAAAACUAAUGUGGCUUGUUUCUGGAGAAAACAAUUACUGUAAGCAUAUUUUAAAAAUCUAUGAUCCUACUGAUUUUGCCUAAAUCCAUGAGCAGCUGAUGUACUAUUAAUGAGAACGAAAUACACAUUAGGAAAAUGGAGCCAUUUCAGUCUGGUGGUUUGGGCAAGGGUGGACAGGAAAGGGAACAUAUUCUAGUUUCAGAGGUAGAUGAUCCUGCCUCCCGUAAAGGUGAUUGUCAUUUGCAUUUAUUUCAAGCAGGUAACACAGGAAUGGAACUGAGGAUUAUCUUGAGGUGAUCACCAAGAUGUCCUCAUUGUGGUCCCUUUAGCUCUCAAAAGCAAUGAAAUCCUCCUGUUCUCAUUUUUACUGAGAAGGUUCUGCUGCUGAACAAUGCUAUCUUUGCAAAUUCCAUCCAACAAAUUCAGCAAUAACGUUUUGGAUUGAAUUUAACAACUACUGUAAUUGGAUGCUGACACGGACAAGAUAUAUUGAUUUGGGUCUCAUCCCUGAAUGUGAUUGCCAUCAGCUCUUUAUAUUGCUGCUGUGGUAUUUUAAACCAGAAGCUUCUUUAAAUUAUGUUGCAAACUGAUCUUUGUUUGUAUGUUUUGUUUUGUUUUUAUUUCUAAGUGAUAAGUUUGAAACACACAGCUUUAAGUGAUUUUUUUAUUGUGGGAUUUGGGGUACAGUUAAGAAAUAAAAGGGAAUCAUUGUGUUUAAACAUAAGGUAGUUUGUGAAUGUAUUUUUUAAAACCUAGAUUCAUUGGAACAAAAAAACAUAAGAAAACAAUAUUAAUGCAGUCUUGUUUACAGUAUGUACAGUGACAUAACAUAGAACAUGAGCUUUUCUGGUGCCAACAACAAUAAAACACAGACGUUAAACAUCAAGCCAUGCCUUUUAUAUUUUUGUACAGAUAUUUUACACAGAGUACAAGGCAAAACCAAAUUUAAAAGGGCCUCCACAAAUCUGUGCUCCUUAAAAGAUUUCUAAAGAAUUCCUUGUAGCUUUUAUCUCCAAAAAUACAUUUUCCUCCAUCAGGACAAGCCCUAGCCCUGAUGUACUGAGUCCUAGGUCAUGCAGAAUAUUUCGGAAUAGCUGUUCUUAUGGCUCAUGACAGUUCCCAACUUUUUGGUUUGCUUUAAUUCUUUUUUUGGUGGGGGCGUAGGGGUGGUUGUGUUUUUCAUCCAUCUUAAUAUCAUCUUAAAAAUAAAAUGAGCCAGUUCUAGAGAGAAAAUCCUACAGGGAAACUUAAACUAAAACCUGAAGCUAACUAGUUUCAAAAGAUAAAGAAAUUUUUAUUAAGACUUCUACACAAAGAGAAACUGAGUCUUCCCCUAAAGUAAGUUUCACUAGAUCUUUUCAAUCCUUGCUUCUCUAAAUUGAGAAUCGUAGUAAAAUCCACCAUGGCUGCCCAGACCAUUGUCAUGGGCCAGUGUCUUUUGGGUGACCGUCAUUGCUGGGUGGUAGUCGGGGACACUGCACCAAGGCUUCCUCUAUGCAGUGGGUGGUGAGAACAGAUAGCCUUUAAAUGGUGAGCGUCCCCCGCCCCAUGCCAGUGACUAUUCAGACCACUGUCCUGUGUACAGUGUAAGUGAUGGACAGCUUGCCCUAGGUUCCACAUAGAAUCUAAUGACUCUAGAUAGAUCUCAUUUUCCUUGAAGACUUCCAAACAGUGCUUCAAGAAGACGUAGAGUUAUUUCAACAGCACAGUUUAAGACACAGGUGACAUCCCACAAGGCCACUCAAACAGGGACUCCAUUUUUCUAACACUUUGACAUUGCUUUCCAAGAUACACUUACAUACAUCGCAUGGAGUACACAUUUCCUGAAAGCAUCUUAAUUCCUGGUUGUCAAGAUCUACUAACAGUUUUCUGUCUGCUAUUGUGACUUAUCGGUAAUUGGUGUCUCUGGUCCCUCCUGUGCAGUAGAUUAGAAAGAGAUGUGAAAUGCAAGCCAGAGCCAUUUUGGUUUUGUCCAUUGCCAGAUGAGGAAGUGGCUGAAGUCUGACCUCACAUUCCAUGAAGUUAAAAACAAAAAUGUUUUUCCCUACUAGUAUGUGUCCCAGUUCACGUCACUGUAUUCUUGAAAUGUUAAAGAGCUCUUUGUGUCAAUAGUGCGUGCUGUCUUUGAAAGUCUGCUUGAACAGGCAUCACUUGGCAUUUGUGCUGAUUGCUUUAAGAGAUAAGAUGUGCUACAUUAUUUUUAAGAAAGAAGAUAGAGCUACUGCUCAAACUUUUUCAGCCCUCUGGAGGGAAAGAGAAUAUCCACAACAUGCUGAUGGCAAUUCUGAAUGACCCUGCCAUGCUCCCAGUAUUUACAUGUCUCCUGAUUCUAUGUUCUGACCAUCUCAGUGGUUUCUGUGAAUUGUUAUUUACCUUUUAGUUCAUUCCUAAAGACUUUAAGUUUAGCCAAAUCAAAGAAUAAUAAACAAACUCAAAAAUGGCCUCCCCUGAGACUACAUAGUUACAACAUAAAAUCCAAAAGUCUCCAUUUGAUUUCAUUUACCUGACAAUAUUUCUCAUAAAUACCAUUACAUGUUGGCCUUGAUGUGCUGCUGUCCUUCUAUGGGUCUCAAAAUGGAUAUAAACUGAUCUUUCCAAAGCCCUGACAUAAAAGGAAGCCUCCUGAGAAUGUGUUAAGUUCAAAACUGACGGUUUGUACAUUUCUACCAAACAUUUUCUUUUUCUAGUGUUGUUUGAUUUCCACACUCUAUCAUUGUUCUGGGAUUUUUCCCCAUAGGCAAGUAGAAUAUUCAAAAUUUUGCAUAGCAUUAAACGGUAUGAAGCCAUAACUCUCUGCUUUGAACUUUAUUCUCCUAAGGCUGCCAUUCCAGAAAGUGCCAGAAUGCACCAAAAUAAGAAUCCUCAUAAAAGCGUUUUAAGACAAAAAUCCCUGGAUACGUUUUGAGUUAUUUUAAAUUUAGAUCAAAAUCUUGGACUCUGUGUCCAUGAUGCCAAACAUUUGGAUGCAGACUGGAAGAUACAAUUUAAAAUAGAAAUGAUCUGAAGUUUUAGGAUUUUUGGCUUUGUGCAGAUAGCUUCAAACUAACUCAAUUCCUUAUACAAUAAAGUCUGGUUUUGAUGGUUUGCGCUUAUCACACUGAGUUGCAUUGCACAGUUGAAGCUGGGCAAAUACUGGAAGAAAGGUGUGCUUUCAUUUCCACCAGUAGAUUAUUGUUUGUCUAUAGCAAACAUCUAAUGCCCCAGUUGCCCCUUCCUCCUAUCUCUCCCUUGGGGGUAGUGUUAAGGAAUUCCAUAUGAUGGUUUAUUUUAAAACCUCAGACAUCACUCUGAAUCAGAAUUUCAGAUGUUAGGUGACAGUAAGAAAUAAAUCUACAGCAGGAGAAGAAAAAAAGAUGACAGCUUGGAUGAAUUUUUAAAUUGGGUGUUGUGAAACUAUUUUUGUGCGUUUUAGCUGUCUUAUUUACAAUGUUAACAUAACUGUAGAAAUGCCAAAUUUAUAAUAUGAGAAAGGACAACUAUCAUUUUGCUAUGCCUACAAGUGUUUACAUUGUUUAAAUUUCCAGUUUUCUAAAGUGUUUUAAAUUGUCAAAAUGUGCUGAAACUGGAUAAGUCUCACCUGUGUCAAGAUAUAAGGGAAGGAAAUCUUGGCAUAUUUUCUAGUCUGAACCUUUUGGUUACUUUCAAGUAUCUUUUUUCCCUGCAUACAAAAGGCCUUCAGUUACUGUUUUCUUAGAUUGUUCCAAGCAGUAGUUAGAAAUGAUUUGGUACAUUCUAAGCCGAGAUUUUCCCAUACUGUGACUGCCAUGCCUUGGAAUAUACGAUUUUAUGUUAUCUCUAUCAAAAUGUGAAUAAUAAAAUAUUGAUAGUAGUA